CAAACGGUCUCAGGUAAAAAAGGCAGGUAGGGCUAUAUGUAGGUAAAGGGACUGUGGUUAGUCUGUACACGGAUUAAGAUAGGGAGAAAGUUGAGUGGAAAUUUAAAGUAGAUACAUAACAUCAUCAUCAUGUGUGGUCAAGCCGGGAGUAAAAUAGCUAACAGCAACGAGGUCGUAGGAGAUGUCGACGAAUUAUACAAAAUGUUACAAGAUGGGAAAACGAAUUCCCUACUUAAGAAGCAUCUGACACAGGAGGUAUUCGAUGAUCUUAAAACCAAGAAAACAACUCUAGGAGGCACGCUAGCACAGUGUAUAAAUUCAGGAUGUAAAAACAUGCACAGUGGUGUGGGGUUGUACGCGUGUGAUCCGGAGGCAUAUGUCGUCUUUAAAUCCUUGUUUGAUCCGCUCAUUAUGGACUACCACAAGAUUUCCAAGGUGGAACAUCCCAUACCAGAUUUUGGCGAUGUUGAUAACCUGGAUUUUGGUGAUUUGGAUCCUUCCGGAGAGUUUAUCGUAUCCACGAGAGUCCGGGUUGGGAGAAGUCACGAGGGCUUUCCCUUCCCACCAGGCUGCGAUGAAAGCAAGCGUCGCGAAAUGGAGAAAAAAACAAUAGAGGCCCUUGAGCAGUUGGAUGGGGAACUAAAGGGUCAGUACUUCUCUCUGGAAACCAUGUCCAAGGAGGAAGAAAAGCAACUAGUGGCAGACCACUUCCUGUUUAAAAAUGAUGACAAAUGUCUGAAGUCGGCGUUAGGCUACAACGACUGGCCGAUAGGUCGCGGUAUCUACUUCAGCAACGACAAGAAGUUCCUGACAUGGAUUAACGAGGAGGAUCAUCUCCGAUUUAUCUCUAUGCAAAUGGGUGGUGACUUAGGAGCUGUCUGGAAGAGGCUUGUGACGGCCAUUAAAACUAUGGAGAAGAAACUGAAGUUUGCAAAGGACAGCGCGCACGGCUACCUUACGUUCUGCCCAACCAAUUUGGGUACCACUUGCAGGGCCAGUGUCCACAUCAAAGUCCCAAAACUGUGCAAAGCCCCACGUGAAAAGGAAGGGAAAGGAUUUCGUUUGGAGGAGGUGUGCGAAGAGUUCAACCUUCAACCCAGAGGAAUCCACGGAGAACACACAGAAAGUGUAGGAGGUGUGUACGAUAUCUCCAACAAGAGGAGGAUGGGUCUGACAGAAUUCGACGCUCUGAUGGAAAUGAAGAACGGUAUUCUGGAAAUCAUGAGAAUAGAGAAAGAGUUGGACUGGACUCCAUCAACAAUCAUGUCUUUAGAAGAUCUCUGGAAGAAACUGAAAAAUAGCGAUUCAUCGUCAUUACUCAAGAAACAUUUAACUGAGCCAAUCUACAACAAGAUAAAGAACAAGGUCACAUACUUCAAAGGAACACUCGCUGAUUGCAUCAGGUCAGGAUGUAACAACCUCGACAGCGGAUGUGGUAUCUACGCCUGUGAUCCCGAGGGUUACGAUGUGUUCGCUGAAGUUUUGUUCCCAGUCAUCAAAGAUUAUCACAAGGUGGACGAGGUCAAGCACCCCAACCCCGACUUUGGAAAUGUCAACGAUCUCGGAUUCGGCGACCUUGACCCCUCAAAGAAGUAUAUCAUCUCAACGCGCGUGCGCGUGGGACGGUCAAUAGCUGGAUUCCCAUUCCCUCCAACAGCAACACUGAGGGACAGAAUAGAAAUGGAGGCGAGGGAUAAGGAAGCUUUUGAAACCCUAAAAGGAGAACUGAAAGGGACGUAUUACCCUCUGUACGGGAUGAGCAAGUCCGUCCAACGCCAGCUGACAGAGGAUCACUUCCUCUUCAACGAUAGCGAUAGAUUCCUGAGGGAAGCCAGUGGAUAUGAUGACUGGCCAGUCGGCAGGGGAAUCUUCCACAAUCCCCAGAAAACAUUCCUGGUCUGGGUUAACGAGGAAGAUCAUCUCCGAUUUAUCUCUAUGCAGAUGGGCGGUGACCUUGGAGCAGUCUACAAACGUUUAGUCAAUGCGGUCCAAGCCAUGGAGAAAAGUGGUUUGAAAUUUGCCCAUCACCACAAGCUGGGCUACCUGACCUUCUGCCCAACUAACCUCGGAACCACACUCAGGGCCAGUGUUCACAUCAAAAUCCCAAAACUCUCUAACAGUCCGGAGUUCAAAGCCUUCUGUGAUCGAUACAGUCUACAGGCUCGAGGUAUCCACGGGGAGCACACCGAGAGUGUGGGCGGAGUUUACGACAUCUCCAACAAGAGGAGGCUGGGUCUGACUGAGAUCGAGGCUGUACAGGAAAUGAGGAAGGGUGUUGAAGCCGUGAUUGCCGAGGAACGGAAGUUGGACGGUUCAUGCGGGCAAGCACCAACUGGCAGGUUCGGACGGAAAGCAGAAAGCGUUGGUUUGUCGAGGAGAGAUAUGGAAGUACCAUGUGACAUGGUGGAGACUCGGCUGCUCGACAUGGCUUCUUUGGAGGAGUUGUGGGGAAAAUUGAAAGCGGCCACGGAUUCAAAAUCACUGCUCAAGAAAAAUUUGAGCGAGGACAUCUACAAUGAGUUGAAAGACAAGAAAACAGGUUGCGGUGGUACACUAGCAGAAUGCAUCAGAUCAGGCUGUGAGAACACCGACAGUGGUACCGGUAUCUAUGCAUCCGACCCCGAGGCCUAUGACACGUUUGGGGCCGUACUGAUGCCCGUCAUCAAGGAUUACCACAAGGUCGCAGAGGUCACUCACCCCGCCUGUAACUACGGCGAUGUGGAUAACCUUAACUUCGGCGACCUUGACCCUGAGAAGAAGUACAUCGUAUCCACACGUGUGAGGGUUGGAAGAAGUCAUAAAAGCUUUGGUUUCCCACCGACAUGCAACAAAGAGGACCGUAUCAAAAUGGAGGAAAUGUGUAAAGCCGCGCUUGAUUCUCUGGAGGGGGAGCACAAAGGCACCUAUCAUCCUCUAGUCGGCAUGCCUGAUGACGUCAAACAACAGCUUACAGCGGACCACUUCCUGUUUAACGAUAAGGACAGGUUUCUGAAGGCAUCAGGUGGCUAUGAUGACUGGCCGCACGGCAGAGGGAUCUUCCACAACCCCGACAAGACCUUCCUGAUCUGGGUAAACGAGGAAGAUCACCUCCGAAUCAUCUCCAUGCAGAUGGGCGGUGACCUUGGAGCUGUGUACAAAAGACUUGUCAAGGGCAUCCAGAAAAUGUCUGAAAAGCUGGAGUUUGCCCGGCACGAUAAAUUAGGCUUCCUGACAUUCUGCCCCACCAAUCUUGGAACCACCCUCAGAGCCAGUGUUCAUAUCAAGAUCCCUAAGCUGGCCGCCACUCCAGAGUUCAAGGAGUUCUGUGAUAAGUACAACAUCCAAGCCAGAGGAAUCCACGGGGAGCACACCGAGAGUGUGGGAGGAGUGUAUGACAUCUCCAACAAGAGGAGGCUGGGUUUGUCGGAGUACGACGCCCUCCAGGAGAUGAAGACCGGUGUGGAAGCUGUUAUCGCAGAGGAGAAACGAUUGUCAUAGGUUCAAAGGUCAAGGGCGUCGAUAGAUGGCUAGUGUUAGCAUAAUGCCAUAACUACACAUGUGUAUAUAACUGUCCAAAUUCCAUCAAUACGUCGUACCUAUUUAAUAAACUUGUUGGGAAAG